AUCUCAGUUAAUUGACAUGGCACGAGCAAGUGGAAUGGCUGUAGAGGACUUUGCAAAAUUUAUUUUAAACAGCAAUGCACAACAGAAAUUAGGGUGUUUACGUAUAUAUCAUACAUCAAAAUUACAACAGUUGGCACAUUUCUUUGAUGAAUUAGAUACAUGUCUAGAAAGGAGUGUGGAUGAAAUAAGAAUUGCUAGUCAUUGCAGUACUUCAACAAAUGGGGUUAGAAUGGAAAGUAAGACAGGUAAUGUUUCUAGUGAUAUUCAUUCAACCAAAAGGGGAGUGAGAAAAAAGGGUGAAGCAGGGUCUAAUGUUAGAAUACAAAAGGAACAUGAUAAAAGAUACAAUCCUCUCUUCAACCCAGAAAAUACAGUAAGGGAAAAGCCAGUAAGGAAAAAUCAAGUGACCAUAAUAUCUGAUACUGACAGUGAUCAAAGUGAUGCAGAGUAUAUUCAACCAUCACCAGAGUCAUGUUAUUACCAAAAAGAAUUGCAAAGACAAUUAGAUAUAGUGCCUAAUGGAAACACUAAAGACACACAUAACCAGCAUUUAGAAAAAGGUGUAGGACAACUUCCAACAAACUGUUUCUUAGGUACACCACCAAGCAGUAGUUCUGCCAGUACAGCAAGCAGUUUGUUUGAUCCAUUAAUUGGAAAGCAUAUUGCUCAUUCUAGUUUCCCUGAGGGUCCUGAACAAGCUCUUAACAUGACUAAUACCAGUGAUCAUAAUCAAUUCCUGGACACACUUUUUGAUAGUACAUCCUCAAAUAACGUAGAAAGCAAUAGUGUGUCAAAUAGAUACAACACCAUAUCACUUUGCCAUAAUUCUUACCAAGGCGUAAGUAAUGGUUAUCAGGAAAGUGAAGACUGCAAUAAAGUAUUAGACACAAUUCUAUUUGGAGAAUCUCCAUGUUCAACACAGUCACAAUAUGGUAAUUCUGAAUAUAAAAAUCUUGAUAAUAGGAAAAACACUAAUAUACCAACUAAAUCCAGCUCACAAGAAAAUGCAGAAGAGUUAAACAAGAGGGAUAAGAGGCCUACAUAUAUCUUUCCUUCAUCGUUUGAACUUGGUCAUUCACCAUGGGGAACUCUUGAACAACUUUUUGAUGAUUAAGAAUUAUUUUUGAAAACUGAGCUCAAGAUGUUUGUAUACCAUCUAGAAAUACUCUCUAAGCAAUAUAUUCACCAUAGCAUAUAAUUUAAAUGCCUGGCAUGGAUUUAUGUAGACAAGGGUCCAACCA